CUCCUCUGCACUACUCUGCACUGCUUCGCCGCGUCCGCCAGAUCCAUCAAAAAUACAUCUCUUCACGGUAUCAUGCUCUUGCAUGCCAAUCGCAACGCCAGUAGCACAAGACAACAAUACAAUCUUUGUGGAGCGUUCUGAUCCUCCACAAUGUCCCAGGACAACGAGGCCGAGAAGGAUGUUGCGACGGUGACCCCGCCCAAGUACUCCCGGUACAGAAGCGUGAGGCGGGCUGCGAAGGAGUCUCCUCCUGUACUUCAAUCUUCACCGGAACCUGCAACUGCACCGGUGGUGCCGGAGAACAAUGAUCACAUUGCUAAGAGGAGCAUGUCACGGUAUCGACAUCCCAAGACCGGUCCCAGACACGAUCAACUCGCAAGCCCACCAGCACAUACGAGUCCCCCGGUUGCCGCCGCAAGUCCGCCUCCGUACCAGUCGAACAAUCCGUACAAUCCGUACCAUCCGAUCAACCCGAACAACAAUCCCUACAGGUCGAAUAAUCCGUACAACCCGUUCAGCCAACCUGUCAGAAGAGCCACGGAGCCUGUGCCCGCGAAGCAAAGGUACGACGCGAGAAGCGCCAGUGUUGGGAGACAAAUCCCGCAGAACUACCAGGAGACCGAGAGCGAGCGUCUGCAGCGGGAGGCUAGGGAGGCCCAAGAGCAGGAAGAACAGGAACGGAGGGCUCGCCAGCAGCAGGAGGAGGAAGAACAGAGGAUCCUGAGAGAGACCGAGGAGAAGUUGGCGGAACAGAAGCGGAAGGACCUGGAACGACUCGAGGCAACAUUGGACGCUGCCGUGCAAGCACCUGCAGCACAGAAAGUCUCGACCCCCGUCAUAGAAAGGCUUAACUUCUUCUCGAGAAAGCGCGCCAAAACGAAGACCAGUCCGCCAGCGGCUUCUUCUGUUGGAACACCCUCGUUGUCAACAACACGUUCGCGUGCAAGCAAUGAUACUCCACCAAAGAGCAAUGAACUUCCUCGUCAAGGGAGUGAGCAGGGAGAGUCAACCUAUCUGCCCGGCACAGAUGCACCAAUAUCUGCUGUCAAUUCUGGGGAACGAAGAGUAUUGGUCCGCUACAGACAAUCCUCGAUCAAUCUUCCCGUAACUCCCGAUACUACACCUUUUGAUAUCAUUCUCUCUGCUGCCAAGAUUCUGAGCCAUAGUAUUGCUCCUUCUUCGACCGUUAUGUUCGAAUCGUAUACCCAGCUUGGCCUAGAGCGUCGAGUACGGCGCUAUGAGCGUAUCAGAGAUAUCAUGAACUCGUGGGAUCGUGACACCCAAAACGCUCUCGUUCUUCAAAAGUCCGACGCUCCAAAGUUCGACAUCGAUCUCGAGUCUGUCCCACUGAAAGCACCUGCCGGUGUGACAGUACAUAUGCACCAUUCCCAGAGGCCGAACAGGUGGAACAAAAGAUACAUCACGAUCCUUUCUUCUGGGCAAGUAAUCAUGUCCAAGAAAUCCGAGUCCAAAAUGACAGACAAAGAUGUUGUGAGCUUGUGUCACUUGUCUGAUUUUGACAUAUACUCUCCAACUGCCACGCAGUUAGGCAAGCUUAAGCCUCCAAAGGAAUUUUGCUAUGCCGUGAAAAGCCAGCAGAAGACCACUAUGUUCAUGAAUACAGAGAAUUUCGUUCACUUCUUUAGCACCGACGACGAGUCCACGGCACAGAGAUUGUACGAUACAGUUCAACGCUGGCGAAGCUGGUAUCUGGUGCACAAGAUGGGCGACGGGAAAAAGAAGGGAAAGAAAAGUGAGGACCUGACCGACACCCAAACGGGUACGAAAACGGGGCCGGGUCACAAGGGCAGGCGCUCAGUCGACGAUAACGAGUACGUCAUCGGUUCUUCCAAACCUAUGAGGAAUAGAAACCGUUUUGGUAGCGAAGGCGACGAAUACGAUUCGGAAGAAGAGAAUCGCCCACGUCAAAUCCCCUUCCAUCUCCGAAAUAGCAUCUUAAUCUCUCCUUCAGCCGCAAAGCUAGACGAAAAACGGCAUCCACCUCCAGUUUCUUAUCGGUUACCUCCUGAAGCAGAAGAGGAAUUCGCCGCUACGAGCCUUCUUGGAAGAUCCUACUCCCAACGCCUCAAAGCACAAAAAGAACGUGAAGCUCAAGCACAACCCUCUGGGCCGUUCGUUGAUGGCCCAUCUCUUCUCAAUGGUGGUAUUCCCCAACGCUCGCAAUCUACGCGCAAAGCACGACCAGAACCCGUGGAACCAGGCACCGGCGGAUUAGGCGGGCAUAAACCUCUGCUUGAUUUCACGCCCCAAUUCAAAGAAGCGCCACAAUGGGAUAAAUCAGGGAAGGGCCGUGGUGUAGUCCCGCCUUCCGGAGUACCGCUUGUGGAGGCUGCGACGACCCCGGACUUCGGAUUGGAUCUUCCGCAGACGACGUUAUUUAGAAGGGAUGCUAGCGUGAGAAGGCCGGGUACUUCAGCUGGAGGUGGUGCAUUUAUAAAGGGUGGACUGAUAUCUGGGAAAUCCUAGUGGGGUCUUUGUCAGAGAAAAAGUUGAUGCUUUAAGGGGAUGGGAGAUGGGAGAUGGUUAGGUACCGUCAUGAUGUUAUGUUUUCAUGUGAUACCCUCAAGUUUGUUUACCUUUUGAUAGAAUUAUAUAUAAACUUCACGCAC